GUAUAAACCAAUCUAAACAUAUAUACAUAUUAUGACACUUAUUUCAAACAUAAAGGUUUUAAUCUAACACGUUUUCUAAAUAUAUUAUGCAGAUUCUCCAAGAAUUCAGAUACUAGUGGAUGGGAAACAAGUCAGUACUACAACAAAAGAUGAGGGACAAACUUUGUCUGCUACAUGCAAUGCAACUGGUAACCCUAACCCAGUUGUAGACUGGUUAGGGCAACAGCCUAGAGGUCCUACUUUGUCAUUUGACGAUAUAGAUAGAACAGAUCAUGGAAGAUACACAUGUAAAGCUACAGCAACAUCAACGCAUUAUCCAAGUCAUAACUUUAUUACAGAAGAAGAAUUGAAUGUCAUUGUUAACUAUGCACCAGAUGUCACUGUAAAUGUAAGUAGCCGGAAUCCAACCGAGAACAACACCUUGACAGUUAAAUGUGAACCUAAAGGAAGGCCUACAGAUUAUCAUUUCUCGUCAAUUGUACAUAAAUGGGGAGAUGUGGUUAUAUCUAAAGUACUUAAUCCAACCAAUGGUGUCAAAGAAGUACAAAAUGCUCAACUUCAAGAUAGCGGUACUUAUAUCUGUGAGGCAAAUAAUGGCAUUCGUGACAGGAGCAAGAAGCUUGAUCAAAGUGGAAACAACACCGUCAAUGUUAAAGUUUCACCAAAGUUGCUUUUAAGAAUUGGUGAUAGAAUAUUUGCUGGAGCUCCUGAGAGCACAGUCAAUAUAACAGCACCAUUUUACAGUGACCCUCCACCUCAAAUUGUGCAAUUCAAAUUCCAAAAUGGCAUUGUGAUAAAAAACUCUACCAAAUAUAGAGUGUCAUUCUUUAAAGGAAACGUCAAGGACAUGUUUUAUGGAAAAGAAGUGGAACUAGAUGGUUACUUUGCUCAGCUUCAAAUAAAGGACGAGGAAGAAUCAGAUUUUGAUAACUACACCUUGGUCAUUGAUAACGGGAUUGGAUCUUAUAAAUCAUGGAUUUUGAAACAUGUGUCCCAAAGCAAACCAUCAGUUCCUAGGUAUUUCAAUUUCACCGGCUUCAAAGAUGGAAUACCAACAUUUCUUUUAGUCGGCAAUUUCAACGGAGGACUUCUUCAAACAUUUGUUGUAGAAACAACUGAAGCUGGAAAGGACAACUGGAUGGAGAGACUUAAAUUUAAUGAAACUGAUACAGCAUUUCUUCAGGCCGAGAAACUUACCUUUACUUUCAACAUAAGCGGGUUGCAACCUAAUGUAUAUGAUGCUAGAGUACGCACUGGAAAUGAUAUCGGCUGGAUAAAUGAAGCAGAAUCGCCAACUGUCAAAUUUACAAUUUAUAGUUCUAGAUUAGAAAGAGAGGCUAAGAAUCAAAUUGCAGUAGUAAUAGGGGGUGUUGUUUCUGUGGCUGUUGUAAUUGCAUUCGUUGCUCUUUUUUUAAUUUUACGAAGAAGGUUUUACAAAAGAAAAGAAUGUAAUGACAAUGGAACAUCGGAAAGUCGAACCUAUGAAACUCUUGAUAACAAACGAGACGAAGCCAAUACCUACAGCUCAGUAGCAUCAUUUACAGAACAAAAAGUGCCAGAUGAAGAAGUAGCUUACGAAAAUUUACGUUUAAAGCAAAUGACUGUAACUACAAACUGAUGCAGUGUUUCUUGCGACUUACACAAACAUUUGAUUGUCAGUAAAACUUAAAUCUUUAAAAACUUAUGAAAUGUGAGCUUUGUAUUUUAAUUUAACUUCAAUUUCUAGCAUAAUAUAUA